AUGUUUUCGACAUUGUUAUCAAUUCAGUUUAUGCCAGCAAAUCGUCAUUUUUUAAAAAAUGCUUUUGCAUUAAUAUUAAUUAUUGUAUUAAUAUUUUGUCACAAUGUCAUGACAAGGUCGUCGAACGAUAUCGUCACCGAAUUUGUCAAUCCAAAUAGUAAAGAUAUGCCUUUUGAAAAAAUGGUAAUUGAUCCAUCAACAGGUCGUUUAUAUAUUGGUGCUGUUAAUAAUUUAUAUGAUUUACAUUCUUCGAAUCUUAAUGUAAAAGCACAUGCGAUUACAGGACCGGAAGAAGAUUCAGUUGAAUGUCCAAAUCGUUUAUCUUGUUUAUCAUCAAAUAUUCGCAAAACGCCACAUAAUUCAUACACAAAAGGAUUAGCUGUUUAUGAAAAAAGUUCUAAGUUGAUCGAAUGUUCUAGUUUAUUUCAGGGUCGUUGUCGUUGGCGAAAUUUAUAUAACAUUGAUCAGAAGGACGUUAUAAAGGAAUCUCAACAACAUAUUGUUGCAAAUGAUAGGUUUUCAUCAACUGUGAUAUUUAUUGGAACGGGUACACCCAUAGAUGGAAUUCCAAGUGAUGUAUUAUAUGUUGCAUCGAGUUAUGUGCAAAAUGGUGGACCAUUCCGUGAUGAUGUGCCAGCAAUUGCAUCUUUAUCACUGGAUCAGAAUCGACUUUUUGAUGUUUCAGUUCAAGGAGUAGGUACGGGUACAGAAAUUAAAAUGGAACGUAGAUUUCGUGGGCAAUAUAAGAUAGAAUAUGUGGGUGGCUUUCAAAGUGGUAAUUUUGCAUAUUUUGCUACACGACAACCAAAAGGUGAUAACGCACAAGGUGGUUGGCCGAUAAUUUCAAAACUUGUUCGUAUUUGUACAAAUGAUGUACAUUUUUGGAGCUACACAGAAGUACCAUUGGAAUGUAAUAAAGAUGGCGAAACUUAUAAUCUUAUUCAAGAUGUUUAUUUGUCGAAGCCUGGAUAUGAUUUAGCGAUAUCGCUUGGUGUUAGUGUUGAAGAUGAUGUUUUAUAUGGAGUAUUCAAUAAAGGUAGUGGUAAUGAAGAAGGGACACCCAGUCAAAGAAGUGCCUUAUGUGUUUAUUCAAUUGCAUUGAUUGAAAAAAUUUUCUUGGAAAAUAUUGAAAUGUGUUUCAAAGGUGAAACUUAUAAGAAUUUGCCAUGGUUUAAAUCAUCAGAUCGUUGCCUACAAACAAAAUUUAGUGGCCAAGAAGUGUUAUGUGGAAAAGAUGUUAAUAGUUAUAUUGGCGGUGAGAUAGCUAUUGAAUCAAAUGCUGCUUUAGUAAUUAGUGAUUCACAGUUUACAGCUAUUGCAACAAAUACAACUCGGGCAAGUACAGUUGCUUUUAUCGGAAGUGCUGAUGGACGUCUUUUUAAGGUUGUUGUUGAAAAUCGAUCUUCGGCUAAUAUUUAUCGAACAUUAGAUAUAGGUAGUGGAUCACCAAUUUUGCAAGAUAUGGAAUUAGAUGGCACAGGCGAUUAUAUAUAUGUUUUAACUCCAAAUAUGGUAAGUAAAGUACGAGUUCGCCAGUGUGAUGGUUCAAAUACUUGUCAGAAUUGUCUUGCUCAAAAAGAUCCAUAUUGUGGUUGGUGUGUACUUAAUAGUGGAUGUGUUCCUGAAAGUGAUUGUACAAAAUCAAUACCAUCAACACCCCAUGAUUGGUUAACAUUUCAUAACGGUAAAUGUCCCACAAUUCGUUCAAUUGACCCUGACCGAAUGCAAAUAACGAGUGCUUCUUAUUUGAAUAUUGAGCUGGAAAAUCUUCCUAAUCUUGGCGGGCAGUUGAUAUGCAAUUUUGAUUUUGGUGAAGUUUAUAGUACUAUUCCAAUGAUUGCUGAUAGUAGUAAUGUUGUUUCGGAAAAUAAAAUCAGGUGUCCCACUCCUUCAUCAACAAGGUUGCCGAAAAUUCCACAAGGAUCUGAAAGUCUGGUUGCUCAUUUAUCAAUAUCGAAUAGCAUUGAUGGUCCUCCAAUCGCUUUCACGAAAUUCAUUUUUUAUGAUUGUACUCGUUUUACAUCUUGUAUUAAUUGUGUUAGUAGUUCGUUUCCAUGCGAUUGGUGCGUUGAAUCCAAUCAGUGUGUUGCUGGUACAAUCACAGAAAAUCGAUGUCGAGCCGAACAUAUCAUUAAUGGGCAAAUUAGAACUGGUCCAUCGCGACGUAAAGGCCCAUCAUUUUGUCCAUAUAUAAUUGCACCAGAUGAAAAGUUUUAUGUUUCUUCCGGCAAAAGUCGUAAAAUAUCGGUAAAAGUAAAAAAUAUAAUGGAAUUUAUGUCCGAUUUUAAGUGUCAGUUCAAGAUUGAACAUAGUAUUCACGACAGACUUGCGAGGAAACAAGGUGAUGCGAUUGUGUGUGAUGAUAUGAAAUUUGAUUACUUUGGUGCUGGAGCUGGUAAUGGUACGGCGAUCGGUACUUUCUCAGUUUUAUGGUCUUCAGAAAAUUAUCGUGGAGGCCAUAAACUAGAUAGCUUAGAAGGCAUAAAUGUCUUCAUCUAUAAAUGCGAACAGCUUGCAUCAAAUUGUGGUCUUUGUUUGGCUUUAGAUGAAAAGAAGUUCAACUGUGGUUGGUGUAUGGCCGAACAACAGUGUUCGGAACGAGAGAGAUGUAUAUCAGAUUUAUCAUCGGAUUGGGUUGAUAGAGCACAGCUUUGCCCAAAUCCAGUAAUAAAUGAUUUCUAUCCUAAAAAAGGUCCAAUUGCUGGUGGUACUACUAUCACAAUUGAUGGGAUAAAUCUAGGACAAAGUUAUCAAGAUGUCGCAGCUGCUGUAACUGCUGCUAAUGUUAGAUGUGAUGUUGAUGAACGAUUAUACGUAACUGCAUCACGUAUUGUAUGUCGUACACGUCCUAGUCCUGUUCGUAAGAUGGCUAGGAAUCCAAUAAUCGUUAAACUUCGCGACGAACAUAAAUAUACAGCGAUUUCCAACGAAAGCUUCACAUAUGUUGAUCCAUUGAUCACUAAAAUUGAGCCUUUAAGAGGUCCUCAGCAUGGUGGAACUGAUAUAGCAAUCUCUGGAGAAAAUCUUGAUGCAGGAUCAAAAGCUGCUGUUUCAAUAAAUGAAAUCGCUUGCCAAAUUGUGGAAAGAUCAAAUGAUCGUCUAAUAUGCACGACAGGUGCUUCAGAAUAUGAUAUCGAUGGAAGUUUUAAAAUUAGCUUUGAUGGGUCUGCUCGAGUAUAUGAUAAUUUUAGAUUCAAAUAUGAAAAAAAUCCUCGAUUCAUGACAGUGCGAUUCGAGCGAAGUAUAGCUUCUGGUGGAAUAACUGUAGAUGUUUUUGGAACUGGGUUUAAACUUCUGCAGAGACCUCAUAUGGUGAUUUUGCAUGCUGAUCGUGUCUUGAGAGGGCCAAAAUGUGAUAUUGAAAGGGAUGAUUUAAUGCACUGCAAAACGCCAAAUCUUGAAAUAACUCGAGAUCGACGGAAUUAUCCAACUAUUGAUCAACCGCUUAUGUUGGAAUAUGGAUUUGAUUUAGAUGGUGCCAGCACAAAAAAUGAUACAAUCAUGAAUCGAUUUGGUCGCUUAGCUGUUUAUCCUGAUCCAGUUAUCGAAAAAUUUAACGAUAUUCGUCUCUAUCGUCCAGAUGAUUAUCUGACCAUAAAUGGGCGAUAUUUGGAUGCAGCAGCUACUGAACGUGAUGUAAUUGUUGUUGUUGGUGGGCAGACUUGCAAUUUAACUGCACUAGCGAAUCGUGCACUUACUUGUCAACCCCCUUCUUCACGGACUCAAAUUGAUGUGCCGGAAAAUAUCGACCCUGAUGUUGUUGUGAAAAUUGGUGGUAUGAGGAGUCUAGUUGGUCAGUUAUCAUAUACUUCGAAAUCGUCUGGACUUUCAUCUCAGUUUUUCAUCGCUAUAUUUUUUGCCAUAUUUGCUAUUAUUUUUGCUUUCAUUUUUCUGCUGGUUUUUUAUCGUCGUAAAAGUACAUCACAUAUGCGAGAAAUGAAACAUUUACGAAGUCAAAUAGAUCAAAUUGAAAUGAAAGUAGCACUUGAAUGUAAAGAAGCUUUUGCCGAAUUGCAAACGUCAAUGAAUGCCUUAGCUGCUGAUUUACCUCUUGGGACCUCUUUCAUUCCAUUUUUAUCUUACAAGCAAUAUAUUGCUAGAGUAUUAUUCCCGAAUAAUUAUCACAAUCAUCCAGUGAUGAGAGAUCUUGAAGUAGAUAGCCAGCGAGCACAUUCUAUUGAAAUGGGUCUGCGAGCUUUUAGUAAACUCCUUAUGAAUCGGCACUUCCUUUUGUCAUUUGUUCGGGCAAUGGAAAAUAAUAAAUAUUUUUUGGGAAAAGAUCGUGUAGCUGUCGGUUCACUUUUAAUGGUCGUAUUGAUGGAGAAAAUGGAAUAUUGUACGGAAAUUUUGAAACAGCUGUUGAAAGAAUUAAUUGAUAGAACAGUUGAGAAAAAGUUUCAACCAAAGAUUUUGUUUCGGCGUUCUGAAAGUAUAGCAGAACGGAUGUUGGCUGCAUGGUAUACAUCGUUGAUGUAUCGAUAUUUAACGGACUGCGCUGGGCAAAAAUUGUAUGAGUUGUACUGGGCCAUGAAACAGCAAAUGGAAAAAGGACCCCAGGAUGCGAUAACUAUGGAAGCUCGAUAUUCGUUAUCUGAGGAAAAACUGUUGCGUUCAUCGAUUGAAUUUCGCGAACUCACUAUUUUUGUUGCAGCUGAUCAUCAUUCAGUUGCAGGCGUGGAAUAUCCUGUAAGAGUGUUGGAUUGUGAUUCUAUCAGUCAGGUGAAAGAAAAGUGUCUAGAUGCUAAAUAUCGUACUAUUCCCUUUUCUGAUCGUCCUUCAGUCAGUGACCUUGAUCUCGAGCUUCGAUCUUCUUGUCCUCGAAUUAUUUUGCAAGAUGUAGAUAAUACAUCGAAAGUUGAGCCUGGUGGAUGGAAACGAAUUAAUACUUUGGCUCAUUAUAAAGUUUGUUUUUAA